AUGGCGGACAAUGCCACCUUUGCCUCGCCUCUAGCAGAUACGAAGUUCGCGCAAACUAUUGGCGCUGGUCCAUUCGAUGGCAUCCUCAAAACCUUCUCCGAAUUGAGCAGCAGUAGCUGGACGAUUGCACUAAUUCUGCUCGCCGUGAUGGUCAUAUACGAUCAGUGUGCGUCCUUCUCUGUCCUAUCUGUCUACCUAUUUGCUAUACUCUCUUCUGCCUGCCUACUGACUCUCCUUCCCCCUGGAAUAGAUAGCUAUCUAUGGCAGAAGGGAUCGAUUGUCGGACCCGCCUUCAAAACUCCCUUCAUUGGCCCUUUUCUCGAGUCCAUGAAUCCAAAGUUCGGAGAGUAUAAGGCGAAAUGGGCCAGUGGCGAGCUGAGCUGCGUUUCGGUUUUUCACAAAUUCGUUGUCAUUGCCUCAACCCGGGAUAUGUCACGCAAGGUCUUCAACUCUCCGGGAUACGUCAAGCCAUGUGUAGUGGACGUGGCCACCAAGCUUCUCGGAGAAACAAACUGGGUAUUCUUGGACGGCAAAGCACACGUUGAUUUCCGCAAAGGUCUCAAUGGACUCUUCACCCGAAAGGCUCUUGAGACUUACCUCCCCGGCCAGGACGAAGUCUACAAUGUUUACUUCAAGAGGUUUCUGAAGGUCACCGAGGAUGCUGGAGGAAAGCCAGUCCCAUACAUGCCAGAGUUCCGUGAAGUUAUGUGUGCUGUAUCUUGCCGGACUUUCGUAGGCCAUUACAUCUCGGACGAAGCUAUCAAGAAGAUUGCCGACGACUACUACAACAUCACUGCCGCGCUAGAACUUGUUAACUUUCCAAUAAUUGUCCCCUUUACCAAGACGUGGUACGGAAAGAAAGCCGCCGACAUGGUUCUUGACGAGUUUGCAAAGUGCGCCGCGAAGAGUAAGGUGCGGAUGGCUGCAGGAGGCGACAUCACAUGUAUUAUGGAUGGAUGGGUGAAGUCUCAGCUCGAUUCUGCAAACUACCGCCAACGUUUGGAGAAAGGUCUUCCAAUGGAAGGCAUCGCUAAGCCCUCCCCCCUGCUACGUGAUUUCACGGACUACGAGAUUUCACAAACCGUGUUUACAUUUCUGUUUGCGUCGCAAGAUGCUACCAGCAGUGCUGCAACGUGGUUGUUUCAAAUUAUGGCUCAGCGACCCGAUGUUCUAGACAAAAUUCGCGAGGAGAACCUUCGACUUCGAGAUGGAGACAAGAGCAAGCGUGCGACAAUGGACAUGCUGGAUGAGAUGGUUUACACUCGGGGCGCUGUGAAGGAGCUGCUUAGAUACCGUCCCCCUGUAUUGAUGGUUCCUUAUCUCGCCAAGAAAGCUUUCCCGAUUACUGAUACCUAUACGGUUCCCAAAGGUUCGGUGAAGUCCAAGUCCCUUAGGCUUAUGGUCAGAAGCUUAUUUUUAUUCAUAGGCGCUAUGAUCAUCCCAACCACGUACCCAUCGCUACGCGACCCUGAGAUCUACGAAAACCCAGAUGUCUACGAUCCCGAUAGGUACGUGACUGGGGAUGCCGAGAUCAAAGGUGCAAAAAACUUCCUGGUGUUUGGAACUGGACCUCAUUACUGCCUUGGUCAAAUUUAUGCCCAGCUCAACCUCGCUCUGAUGAUUGGUAAAGCAUCUAUGGAGCUGGACUGGAUUCACCACCCUACGCCACUAUCGGAAGAGAUCAAGGUGUUUGCUACAAUAUUCCCCAUGGAUGAUUGUCCUUUGACCUUUUCACAACGACCUUGA